CCCCACCCGAUGGGGUUGCAAAAGUCAAAACUAGCACUUCAAAAACCAAAUGUAACGGCUAGGCACAUCCACUGCUCCAAUUUGUUUCCAAUUCGUUGCCUCAAAAUACCCAAAGUCCCGUUCCUCUUCCACCGAAAUCAAUCGGAAUCCAAUUAGUUCUUGAUAUUUUCCGUGGCUUGGGGAUUCUUCGGGAUACGCAGUCAAUUUCCGGGGGUCUUGAAAAUUAUGGAGAUUUCGCCAGAAACGGACCAUUACAUUCGAGAAUCUAUCGAGCAUUCUCUGGGACUCCCAGUGUCGACACAAACUCUUCAAUCGAAGCUCCAAGCCUCCCAACAAUCACUCACCCUGCUCCGCAAUCAGUGCGUUUCGUUGCAAUCCAAACUUAAAGAAAAAGAUUGCAUCCUUGAACGCGCUAGGGCCGAGGCCAGUUUGAAUGCGGUAGGGCUGAAGAAGUUCGUGGAGGAGAAUCAGAAACUGGCUAUAGAGUGCUCGAAUUUGUUGGAACAGUGCAAGAGAUGGGAGAGGGAAUGCUCGUUAUAUGACUGUGAUCGGGAGGCUUUGAUGGAUUUUGGGAAUGAGGCGGACCAGAGAGCCAAGGACGCAGAGUUACGUGUGAAGGAGUUAGAGAAGGAGGUAGAGAAGUUGGAGGAGGAAUUGCGGUUCUACAAGUUGGAAUCCCAACUGGUUGGUACUUCCAGAGAAGAAGCUUGUACAGGAAAAGGUUUGCUGGAGUCUUUGCUGUUAAGCACAAUGAGCCGAGAAGAAGUUCAAUCAAAAGCGCUUGCUUUUCUAGAGGCAAAUAAGGAUGUUGAGGUUUGCCAAAUAUUGCUAAAGAGGUGGAAAAGAUUGAAUCCAUCAACACACCAUACGCUUGCAUUGGCAGCUGAAGUCAGAACAUUGCUGACAGAUAAGGAACACUUAUUAAUCAACCUUCAUAGAGCCGAAGAGGAGGUGAAAGUUUUGUUUGAAGAAAAUAAUAUGUUGGAUGAAGAGAACAAGAGGCUAAUGCAGCAGUAUCAGAAGGAGAAGCGUAAAUCUAGUUCUGAUGGAAAGAACACAAGCAGUACUUCUGCGAAGGGAAGCAAAAGAAAAUCGUGUGCCAAGAUCAGCAGUUCAGUCGACAGAAAGAUUGACUUCAAUAGUUUUGUUGACUCGUCAAGGCUGCCCUUAUCACCUCUAAGAGAGAACUCGCCCGAGUGUAGAGCUUACAAGAAGUAGCAGAAAUUUGGUGAAUUUAAAAAACUCUAGCAUUUCCCUAAUUCUUUGUGUAUCAAAAGUUAGUGUUUUCUGCUCAUCUUAACUGUAAGUAAUUCAUGUUAGUUUUGACCGUCUAUAGCAAGUUAGGUUCACUUCAUUUACUUUUAUUUAGCCGAAGCGACUCAAACAUGUUAUUUUCUUUCCUUCUUUUCAUUAUCUUUAUUUGGAUUCUGCUGUCGUACUAUCCUCAUCUCCAAAGGGAAUUCAGUCCAAGAAUAACAAUUGCGCAUGUAUGCAACACAAUUUCCCAGAAGUGCAACCACACUUUCCCAAGUGUAUUUACAAAUGAAUAAGAGAAAGGUUAUUACCAUUGACUUCUUGUUUAAAUGGCUAUAGGGUUGUUACCUAUGACUUCUUGCUCGACUGCUCAAGUGGCUAGAGAAGUAGUUAAAACCUGGGGCUUUGAGAAGGUCACAUGAUGAAGGCACCAUGGGAUGCCAUUAUUCGAGACAGCUUGUGAAAAUAUUACAGUAUUUGUAAUGGGAUAUGGCAGUUUGCAUGAAAAUCACAUUCAGGAGAUGACUCCUUGCAAAAGGUAGCUGAAUGUUUAGAGAUAUAGAUAUAGAUGGUGAAAUUUCUUCAAUGAACAUUAGAUUCAAUACACAACGGCUAUAUACUACAAAUUUGAAAUUCAAUGUGUCAAAUCACCUUGUUUGAUUCAAAAGUGCAUCA